UUUAUCUUUCUGUUUAUCCAUGAACAGAGCCAUUUCCCAGUUGCUGUUUCUCAAUUAUAUCUAAUCUUUACGGAACGAGCUCCAUCUACAAAGCUUUCUUCUUCCAGCUUCUGGAUUUCCUUCACAUAGCGGAUUAAAUAUCGCUGUUGCGUUGCUAUAAUAUUUAAGCAUUUCCUUUAGUUAUCUAAGAUUGUUACAGUCUCACGUUCCUCGCGGUUUAUAUCUUUUUUUAGCUUAUCCUUUUGUAUCAUUAGGGAAGGAUCUCGAUUAUAUUCGAGGCAAAUAUGUCUUCUGUAAUCUCAACACUCUCACUAGCUCCGUCCUCAUUUGGUAACAAACACAAUGUCCAUAAUUUUGUAUUUCAAAAGAAUUCUUCAUCAUAUCCAAACUUUUCCGUUGUUAAUUACAAAUGUUCGUGGGCUAGUAUGUUUAGUAUUUCUAGUAGAAACAAUUUGCAUAUUGUUUCUAAUAAUCAGAAGCUUAUCGAUGUAUCUUUGGGUUGGGAUGAUUUGAAUCAACAAGACCCUGAUGACUUGGAGUCACCAUGGGAAGGUGCAAUCAUUUACAAGAGAAACCCUUCUGUUACACAUGUAGAGUAUUGUACAACCUUGGAAAGGCUUGGAUUAGAAAACCAUUCAACGGAGGUCUCGAAAUCAAGGGCUUCAGUUAUGGGAUUACGAGUUACUAAAGCCGUCAAGGAUUACCCACUUGGAACUCCUGUUCAGAUCUCCAUUGACGUCAUAAGGAAGAAGCAAAAGUUGAGGCUUGAUGGGAUCAUCAAGACUGUGCUCACUCUAUCUUGCAAUAGGUGUGGUGGUCCAGCUGCGGAGAGCGUUUACUCCAACUUCUCUCUUUUACUGAGCGAGGAACCAAUCGAAGAACCAGAGAUUAUCGAUUUGGGAACAAUCUUUAGUCAAGAUAAAUCGGGUGGCUAUGAAGAAGAGGAGGAUGAUGACGCCUCAAUUGAUUGGGAUGAUAGGUUUUACUUUCCUCCUCAAGAAAAGGAGAUCGACAUUUCGAAGAACUUAAGAGACCUGGUUCACAUAGAAAUCACUGGCAAUGCAGUAUGCGAUCCAAACUGCAGAGGUGUGUGCCUUGAAUGUGGUACAAAUCUAAAUACAAGUAGCUGCAGCUGCAUCGAUGAGGAGAACAAAGAGAUAAGCUACGGUCCUCUUAAAGAUUUGAGAAAACAAAUGCAGCCUAAAGUGUAAGAUUAAUCACACAUCAUGUGAGUCUAGCUAGAAUCACCUUUGUAUAAGGAUCAUCCUAAUAUGACCAUCUCAUGUCUAUAAGGUCGAUGUAGUUGAGCUUGAAUCGAAGUGAGAGGAGAGAGUAGCCUACUAGCCUCCCACUUGACCGCGGAGCUGGAGGAAGUCUGUUCAAUCUCAUCAUUUUCUUUUGGUUAGUGAAGUAGAUUAUCAGAUAAGGGUUGUAUAAUUUCUUGUUUUUCAUUAAAUGGUCUGGAUAAAAAUCUAUAGUGCCUGUAUUGUGAAUUUUGAAUUUAGCAGAACUAAAUCUUUCCUUGAUGGAA